UUUCCAUUUACUAGUUUUUUCCUAAUUCUAAUGAAAAAAAACUUUACUAUGAAAAAUUCAAAUCUAUAUAGAAUUUAAUGAACUCUUGUACCCAUUACUCAGUUUCAAUAAUUAUCAACGUUUUGUAGUAUUAGUUUCAUCUGUUCCCUAUGCCUUGUUUUUUAUUUAUUGGAGUAUUUUAAAGCAUCCCUAUUCAGUAUGUAUUUACUUCAGUUGUGCUUAGUGUGAGAGAAAAGUAACUUUGAUAAUUAUAUGAGACUUAAAGUCCAUUUUUUCCCCUGUACAUCCAUAAACUGAAUAAUACUUUCCCAUCAUUCCAAGUAAUGACUUACUGUACAGUAGUUAACCUGUAGAGUAAAAUUUGUGUUUUUUAAACUUACUUUUGGAAAUUUCAGAAGAACGCAUUGAGUAUUAAGUGUGACUGUGCGUUAUUUCUUCAGCUCGUUUUGGCUGCACGGCGACAUCUGUUACUUCACUGGGUACUCAGGGUUGAUGUUUUUUCUGUCUAGUAUCCCAGUUUGUAAAAAACCGAAAAUACUUUUUAAGGCUGGAUCAUCGAAAUUGAUUUUCAUUUCUGUUUUGCUCAUCUACAUGUUUAUUCACAACCUUUUCACAUAUUGCCCUGUUUCUUAAUUUUUGUACAUUUAAUUAAUCUAUUUACCAGUAUUGAACAUCAGUAGUCUUAGUAGCGUUUUCAUGUACUAAGCUCAGGAGUCUCUCAAAAUACUAUAUAGUUACUUCUUUAUCCCAGUGCUCACUCGUGAGUGAAGAGAGAGGGCGUGCUGGCAUGUGUAUGGACUCCUGCAGCGUUCUGAUAAGAAGUAUGAUGAAGCUAUUAAGUGUUACCGAAAUGCCCUCAAAUUAGAUAAAGAUAAUCUGCAAAUUUUGAGAGAUCUCUCUCUGCUGCAGAUCCAAAUGAGAGACCUUGAAGGUUACCGAGAGACAAGGUAUCAGCUUCUUCAGUUGCGCCCGACGCAGCGUGCUUCCUGGAUUGGAUAUGCUAUCGCGUACCAUUUGCUGAAAGAUUAUGACAUGGCACUAAAACUAUUGGAAGAAUUUAGACAAACUCAGCAGGUUCCUCCCAACAAAAUAGACUAUGAAUAUAGUGAACUGAUAUUAUACCAGAAUCAAGUGAUGAGAGAAGCAGAUCUAGUUCAGGAAUCUUUGGAGCAUAUAGAAACAUACGAGAAACAAAUAUGUGAUAAACUUUUGGUGGAAGAAAUUAAAGGAGAAAUGCUGUUGAAAUUGGGAAGAUUAAAAGAAGCCAGUGAAGUAUUCAAAAACUUGAUUGAUCGGAAUGCAGAAAAUUGGUGUUAUUAUGAAGGUUUGGAAAAAGCCCUGCAACUUAGCUCCUUAGGACCUUUUCUCCCCCAUGGCACUUUAGAAGAAAGGCUUCAGAUUUAUGAAGAAAUUAGUAAGCAGCACCCCCGAGCAAUUUCACCUAGAAGAUUACCUUUGAAUCUUGUCCCAGGUGAAAAAUUUAGAGAACUAUUGGAUAAGUUCCUGAGGGUUAACUUCAGCAAAGGCUGCCCACCCUUGUUUACUACUUUGAAAUCUUUAUAUUACAAUACAGAAAAGAUUUCUAUAAUCCAGGAGCUUGUUACUAAUUAUGAAGCCUCUCUUAAAGCGUGUGACUUCUUUAGCCCUUAUGAGAAUGGGGAGAAGGAGCCCCCAACAACGCUGCUCUGGGUUCAGUAUUUCCUGGCACAGCACUUUGAUAAACUUGGGCAGUAUUCUUUGGCUUUGGAUUAUAUUAAUGCUGCAAUUGCCAGUACUCCAACUCUAAUAGAAUUAUUUUAUUUGAAAGCAAAGAUUUACAAGCAUAUAGGUAACCUCAAAGAAGCUGCAAAGUGGAUGGAUGAAGCGCAGUCUUUAGACACGGCUGAUAGAUUCAUCAAUUCUAAAUGUGCAAAAUACAUGCUUCGAGCAAAUAUGAUAAAAGAAGCAGAGGAAAUGUGCUCCAAGUUCACGAGGGAUGGAACAUCUGCCAUGGAAAAUCUAAAUGAAAUGCAGUGUAUGUGGUUUCAGACAGAGUGCAUCUCAGCUUACCAGCGUUUGGGGAGGUAUGGGGAUGCCUUGAAAAAAUGCCAUGAAAUAGAAAGGCACUUUUUUGAGAUAACCGAUGAUCAGUUUGACUUCCAUACAUACUGCAUGAGAAAGAUGACCCUUCGUGCCUAUGUCGACCUUCUGAGAUUAGAAGAUACACUCAGGAGACAUGCCUUCUAUUUCAAGGCUGCUAGAUCCGCGAUCGAAAUGUACUUGAAAUUGUAUGAUAAUCCCUUAACCAAUGAAAACAAGCAACAAGAAAUAAAUUCAGAAAACCUGUCGGCCAAAGAAUUGAAGAAAAUGCUUAGCAAGCAGAGAAGAGCUCAGAAAAAGGCUAAAUUAGAAGAAGAGAGAAAGCAUGCGGAAAGGGAGCGCCAACAAAGGAAUCAGAGGAAGAAACGAGAUGAGGAAGAGGAGGAGGCCGGCGGCCCCAAGGAAGAGCUCAUACCUGACAAACUGGAACGGAUAGAAAAUCCACUGGAAGAAGCUAUCAAGUUCCUCAUACCUCUCAAGAACCUUGUUGCCGAUAACAUUGACACUCAUCUGUUAGCGUUUGAAAUAUAUUUUAGAAAAGGAAAGUUUCUGUUAAUGCUACAAUCUGUCAAACGCGCGUUCGCCAUCAACAGUAAUAACCCAUGGUUACACGAGUGUUUAAUUAAAUUUUCUAAGUCCGUGUCUAAUCAUAGCAAUCUUCCAGACAUUGUGAGCAAAGUUCUAGCUCAAGAAAUGCAGAAAAUAUUUUUCAACAAGGAUUUGGAAAGUUUUAAUGAGGAUUUCCUCAGACAUAACGCUGCUUCUCUUCAGCAUCUACUUUCAGGUGCUAAAAUGAUGUAUUUUCUGGACAAGUCAAGGCAAGAGAAAGCCAUUGCCAUUGCUACUAGACUGGACGAAACUGUAAAAGAUAAAAAUGUAAAGACUUUACUGAAGGUCUCUGAGGCACUGCUUGAUGGCAGCUUUGGGAGCUGUAAUUUGCAGUACGAGGAGUACAGGAUGGCCUGCCAUGACCUGCUCCCUUUCACGUCGGCGUUCCUGCCUGCCGUGGGUGCUGUCGGCAGUCACGGCGUGGCGCUGAACCACGCCGCAGGCUGUGAAGUCCUGGCACAUGAAAUUUAAAAUCCCAUAGGAAACUGACUCCUGUAGACUCAAAGCUGACUUCAGAUCAGGGUUUCUUUUCCAGGGUGUAUUUUAAUAUAGAUAUGAAAUGAAAUAAUUGGAUAGAAUUUUUAAAUGGAGUAUUCCGUAAGCUUAUUUUAUUCUUUAUCUGAUUCUGCCAAUAUACACAAACAUCUGUUAAAAUUACCUGUUUAUACUUGUACAGUUUUCUUACACUUUCAGAUUAUCAGCAUUGUGAUGGGUGCUGUCACUUCUGUAUCAUACAUAUGAUAACUUCUCGUUAAGCUGGGUUGUACGUACACAGCCUCACUGUAUUAUUUUCUUUAGAUCCUGGUUUUCGGAUCUAUGCUUUGACCCCUAUUUGGUUCGUUUCAUUAUUGUUUAUUUGCUAGCUUUUUAAUUAAAGCACAUCAGUUUUAAAGUGUUAACUAUAGUAUGUUGAAAACAAUAUGGAACUUCUUUGGGCAGAUAUUGAGAUUUAUUUUAAAAUUUACUUCUAUUUGCCCUUUUUUCUGUCUUGUUUUUUUCCUGAUUUGUCAUUUCCUUUUUAACUUCCAUGCAAAUGAUCGUUUCUUUUGAAUGAGAGUAUUCCAGUUUUAUGUAGAGAAUUCAGAACGUGGGGAUUGGUUUGCCUCUUAAUCAUUGGGAUUCUCUGGUAAAUUUGUUGUGUAUCUGUAGAUCAGUCUUAAAGACCCACAGGCGAGAAUUAUGCUUUCUUGACGAAACUGCUUUGCGCGUUAAGAAGUUUCUAUCUGGUCUGUGCUUCAAGGGAGCAUGAUAGGGCAGAGUACAAAUGACACUGAAGCACCCCCCUCUCGUCGUCUGCUCUCACUGUUGAAUACGUUUUAUGCGAGCACAGCAACAUGAGAAUUUAAACGAUCACAGUUUAACUCUUAAAACGGUAUUGUCGGGCAAUAUUUUUUGGGGGCUAGCUUUUUCUAUCUUGUACAGAAAACAGUAAUGGAAUCAUUCUGUGUAUUUCUUUCAGAAUUGUGUAAAUAUGUCUAAUAUUAAUAUUUUAAGGCAAAUAAAAAUUCAAAAAGGGAGAUUUUAUUUAGAGGAAUAGUUCUAAUUAAAAUGGUUUUCUUUUACUCUUAAGCUAUUUAGAUUCAUAAUUGUUGAGAAAAACUCACUGUAAAAUAAUGCCCACCAAUAUAAAGCUGUAAUAAAUUAUUUUGUACACAGUU